AUGCCGGAUGAUGAUGCGAGCGGCGAGAGUAGAGAAGCGUUCGCGAGAGACUUGCGACGGGCGUGCUCAGAAUCCGGCUUUUUCUAUCUCAAACCUCCGAAGAGUCUCUUCGGCGAGGAAGAGAACGAGGCGAUUUUCGAGGCGGCGAAAUCGUUUUUCGCGCUCUCGAUGGAAGAGAAGAUGAAGAUGGACUACGCGAACUCGCCGCAAUUUCGAGGAUAUGUAUCUCUCGGGUUAGAAAAUACGAGGGGAAAAAUUGAUGCGAGAGAACAGGUCGAGUUUGGCGUUCAUAGCGCGCCGAAGAGGCGCAAAGACAUGACGCAUUUUUACGAGCGUUUGAUAGGCGAAAAUCAAUACCCAUCGAACGAAUUUGAAGAGACGAUGGAAAAGUUUAUAGAUAGAAUGGAUGCAAUUAGUCGACAGCUGACGAGAUAUCUCGCGCUUUCACUCGAGCUGGAAGAGACCUAUUUCGAUUACAUGUUUGCUGAGCAGCCAAACAUGCAGAUGAAGAUUUGCAAAUAUCCGAUUGCGAUUGAUGGCGGCGAAUCGUCCUUUGGCGUCGGUCCGCACACGGACACCAGUUUCGUGUCUAUACUUUUGCAAGACGAUGUGGGAGGUUUACAAGUCGAAAUUGAAAAAGACGCGUGGAUUGAUGCGACACCAAUCGAGGGCUACUUUGUCGUCAACAUUGGGGAAAUGUUACAAAUCAUGACUGGUGGGUAUUAUAAAGCCACGCCGCAUCGCGUCUUGUCGCCUACGUCAAAAAGCAUCGACGAGAACAAAGCGAGGUUGUCGAUUCCAUAUUUCUGGAACCCGCGAUUAGAUUUCGUGGCAAAAGUAGACGGUGAAAUUACAAAGAAAGGAUUUUCAACCGCGAUAGAGGAACGAUCAGAAACGAGCAACGAAAACCGAAUAAUCAACGCGUACGGCGAAAACGCGUUCAAAUCUCUAGCUCGCUCGCACCCGAAGGUUUUCGCCAAGCAUCACCCCGAUUUGCUCAUGAGAAGCGAUGGAACCAUAGAAAAGAAAAAAUCGUAG